AUGCAUCGAUUGCUUAAAAAAAUUUUUUUUUACAGGGACUUUGCUCACACUAUGAAAACGCUGCAAAUAAUGGAUUUUGAUACGAAACUGAGUUCAGCAGGUCUUAUUUAUGCUCAUUUUGGGAAACGCGUAAUUGGUGCUCUGCUUGGGUUAGUACAUGGCGAUCCGGUGAUUGAUAUUCUGUAUAAAAAAAUCUACAAAACAUUCGUGGAAGCAAUAGAUGCAGUGGAUAAUGGAAUUUCUCAGUACGACGGUGAACCAAAAUAUUAUAUGGGUGGAACGUUACCAGCACGGGUCGGUGCACUCAAUCCUGCAUGGAAUGAAACCUCAGUAUCCGUAGAAGCGAGAUUUUCAAAGGCUAUUCAAUUGGUUGGCAAGGAAUUUGGCGAAUUGCUCGACUAUCUUUACCAUUCCUGGUUGCCUGCUCGGGCUAUCGUUGUGGACGCGGUCAGUAAUCGCCUGGAAGUUGAUGAAAGCGGGCAAUUUUUCGUUCUUGAAAAUGGUGGUGUACCGUGGAAGGAUCAUUUUUUCUCCAUCGAAAAGGAGCUUGGUCUAGAAGAUGAUAACAUCACAUACAUUAUCUAUCAAGACACAACAAGUAUGCAAUGGCGCGUACAGGCAAUUCCUGUCAGUGAAAAACUACCAUUUGAGAGCAGGUUUCUUUUUCUGGUAGAAGCCACUGUUGAACAGCUUAUUUUAACGUGCUUUUUUUUGGUUUGA